AUGGUUGUCGUCGCCAAGGGCGACCUCGUGUGGUAUGAUGCGGGUGGCCAGGGCGAGUUUGACUUGCCCAUUGGCGCUCGCGUCAAGCAAGCAGAUUCAGGCCAGAUUAUCAUCGUCACAGACGAAAACGAGGAAAUAUGGGUGCCCACUGCAGAAGCAGACGCCAAGCUGAAAAUCAUGCAUCCGACGUCGGCCAAUGGCGUGGAAGACAUGAUUCAACUCGGUGAUUUGCACGAAGCAGGCAUCCUUCGCAACCUUCAGAUCCGUUACAACGAUCCAGAGGGCUGCAAGCUUUACACGUACACGGGUUCGAUUCUGGUUGCGGUGAACCCGUACCAGGCGCUGGACAUUUACGAUGGCAGCCACAUGGAGACAUACAAGAACACCAAGAUUGGCGACCUGCCGCCCCACAUCUUCGCCAUUGCCGACGCCGCGUACACCAUGAUGCGACGCGACAAGCGCAACCAGUGCUGCGUCAUCUCGGGCGAGUCUGGUGCAGGCAAGACGGAGACCACGAAGCUUGUGCUGCAGUUUCUUGCCGCGGUCUCUGGCCAACACUCGUGGAUUGAGCAGCAGAUUCUGGAGGCCAACCCCAUCAUGGAGGCAUUUGGCAACGCCAAGACCAUUCGCAACGACAACUCGUCGCGUUUCGGAAAGUACAUUGACAUCAGCUUUGAUGAGGAUGGCGCCAUUGAGGGCGCAAGCAUCGAGCAGUACCUCCUCGAAAAGUCCCGCCUCUCCUUCCAGGCGGCUGAUGAGCGCAACUACCACGUGUUCUACCGGCUGAUUGUUGGGUCGAGCGCGGAGGAGCUGAGCGCGCUCGGGCUGACCAAGUGCGAGGACUACGCCUACCUGACUGGGGGCGACUGCAUCAACCUGCCGGGCGUCGAUGACCGCGAGGAGUGGGGCGGCAUCCGCGGCGCCAUGAAGGUGCUCGGCUUCACGGAGGAGGAGCAGUGGAACAUCUUCCGCCUCGUCGCCGCCUUCCUGCACAUGGGCAACACCGAGUUUGAGGAGAGCGAGGUGAACAACAUGAUGGCGGCGGAGGUGGUCAACAUGGACGCCGUGGAGAGCGCGUGCAAGCUGUUCCAGUGCGACGCCGAGGCCAUGGCCGAUGCCCUGACCACGCAGACCACCGUCACCCGCGGCGAGACCAUUGUCAAGCAACUCGACAAUGAGAAGGCAACAGACGUGCGCGACGCCUUUGUCAAGCAGGUGUACGGCCGCAUCUUCGUGUGGAUUGUCGACAAGAUCAACUCAACCAUCUCCAAGCAGAGCAAGCGCAGUGCAAAGCGCACCAGCAUUGGCGUCCUUGACAUCUUCGGCUUUGAGAACUUCACCCAGAACAGUUUUGAGCAGCUGUGCAUCAACUUCUGCAACGAGAACCUGCAGCAGUUCUUCGUGCAGCACAUCUUCAAGUUGGAGCAGCUGGAGUACGACAAGGAGGGCAUCAACUGGUCCAAGAUUGACUUCCAGGACAACCAGCCCGUGCUGGACAUGAUUGCGGAGAAGCCCAUGAACAUCCUCGCGCUCGUGGACGAGGAGGCCAAGUUCCCCAAGGGCACGGACGAGAGCAUGCUGACCAAGCUGCACCAGCACCACGACAAGAACGGCCUGUACCUCAAGCCGCGCGCUCGCUCCGACCCGACAUUUGGCAUCUGCCACUUUGCCGGCAACGUGUACUACCACAGCCACGGCUUCCUGGACAAGAACAGGGACACCUUCUCCAACGACCUCGUUGGCGUCAUCUCGGACAGCGAGAACCAGUUUCUGGUCAGCCUGUUUGAGAGCGACAUGUCCGCCGGCAGCGAGACGCGCUCCAAGAAGCAGACGCUUGCCUCGCAGUUCAAGCGCAGCCUGGACGCCCUCAUGAAGACGCUCGGCGCCUGCAACCCGUACUUUGUCCGCUGCAUCAAGCCCAACGAGUACAAGAAGCCCAACAUGUUUGACCGCCUGCUGUGCACGCGCCAGCUGCGCUACUCCGGCAUGAUGGAGACCAUUCGCAUCCGCCGCGCGGGGUACCCGAUCCGCCACUCGUUUGCCGAGUUUAUUGCCCGCUACCGCCUCCUCGACAGCUCCAUCCCGCCCGCCGGGUCCAGCGCAGACAAGGAGAACGCCCUCAAGCUCGCCACGCGCGUGCUUGGCGAGGCUGGCGCUGCAGACUGGCAGGCCGGCCACACCAAGGUGUUCCUCAAGGACGCCCACGACCAGAAGCUGGAGGACGCGCGCGAGGACGCCUUCACGGACCAGGCCGUCGUGCUGCAGCGCGUGCUGCGCGGUGCCAUGGCGCGCGCCCGCUUCACCGCCAUGAAGUCGUCCAUGCUGGUGGUGCAGACGCGCUUCCGCGCCCACCUCGCCCGCCAGCGGUUUGCGGCCAUGCGCACGGGCUUUGGCCGCCUCCAGGCCACAAUCCGCAUGAAGAAGCUUUCCCAGAACUUCCAGGCCACGCGCACCAACAUCCUCGGCCUGCAGACGCGCAUCCGCGGGUUCCUGGCGCGCCAGACGCACCGCUCGAUUGUGUCUGCGGUGGAGAACAUGCAGGCCAUCUUCUCGAUGGUGCUUGCGCUGCAGCGCGUGGACCGGCUGCGCAAGGAGGCCGCGGCGGAGGCGGAGCGGCAGGCGGCCAUCAAGCGCGGCCUGGCUGCAGCAGAGGCCGACCGCCAGAAGCAGGAGGCCCUCAAGCGCAUCGAGGACGAGGACCGACGCCGCAAGGAGGAGGCAGAGGCAAAGCGCAGGGAGAUUGCGCAGGCCGAGGCCGAGAAGCAGGCACGCGAUGACCGCGACGUCAACGAUGCCCAGCUCGUGGACGAGAUGUUUGGCUUUGUUGAGGAGGAGGAGGGCGUGCGCGGCGAGGGCCCGCUCGGCUUCCAGGACCUGCCCGAGGCUCCCCAGGAGGAGUUUGACGCGCCGGAGGGCUUUGGCUUUGACUCGCGCGUCAUCCCGGAGAGCGAGGAGGACGUGAGCCAGUUCAAGUUCAGCAAGUUUGCUGGCACGUACUUCCAGGGCAACGCCAACGCGUUCUACAUCCGGCGCCCCAUCAAGCAGCCGCUGCUGGCGCUGAAGAACCCGGCAGACCAGCAGGCUGCGCUGUCCGUGUGGAUCACCAUCCUGCGAUUCAUGGGCGACAUGCCGGAGCCAAAGUACCAGCGCGACUCUGUCAGCCAGGGCAAGGACAACCAGUCUGUGAUGGGCCGCAUGUACAAGACGCUCGGCCGUCGCUUCAGCAAGAAGAACCUGCGCGAGAGCGACGACCAAGGCGCGUCGGCCGCCUCCAUGUCUGUGGAUGAGAUGCUGCAACAACAAGACCAGCAGCAGCAGCAGGCGUCAGAGGGCGGGGAUGCGCCGGAGGAGGAGAAGAAGAGCCUGCGCAAGAAGCUGGCCUCCAUGACGCUGCGCAAGAAGAGCAAGAUGAGCAAGGAGAUGCAAGAGCAGAUUGAGCGCGAGCGGCAGCGCGCGGAGGCCGAGGAGGCCGGCGAGGCCAAUGACAACGCGGUCAUGCCGCUGCAGCAGAGGCCCACAAGCAACCUGGAGAAGCUGCACUUCAUCAUCGGCCACGGCAUCCUUCGCCCGGAGCUGCGCGACGAGAUUUACUGCCAGAUUUGCAAGCAGCUGACGCAGAACCCGUCCAAGUCGAGCCACGCGCGCGGGUGGAUCCUGCUGUCGCUGUGCCUGGGCUGCUUUGCGCCCAGCGACCGCUUUGUCAAGUACCUGCGCUGCUUCAUCGGCGAGGGCCCGCCAGGGUACGCGCCGUACUGCGAGGAGCGCCUCAAGCGCACGCAGCUCAACGGCACGCGCCACCAGCCGCCGUCGUGGCUGGAGCUGCAGGCGACCAAGUCGAAGAAGCCGCUCAUGCUGCCCAUCACGUUUAUGGACGGCAACACCAAGACGCUCCUGGCGGACUCUGCCACCACGGCCUCGGAGCUGUGCGACCAGCUAGCGGAGAAGAUUGGGCUGCAGGACAAGUUUGGCUUCUCGUUGUACAUUGCGCUGUUUGACAAGGUGUCGUCGCUCGGCAGCGGCGGGGACCACGUCAUGGACGCCAUCUCCCAGUGCGAGCAGUACGCCAAGGAGCAGGGCGCGCAGGAGCGCAACGCCCCCUGGCGCCUGUUCUUCCGCAAGGAGAUUUUCGCGCCCUGGCACGACCCUGCGCAGGACGAGGUGGGCACCAACCUCAUCUACCAGCAGGUGGUGCGCGGCAUCAAGUUUGGCGAGUACCGCUGCGAGAAGGACGAGCAGCUGGCGGAGAUUGCCGCCAAGCAGUUUUACGUGGAGUACGGCCCGGACAUGGACACGGAGCGGCUGAUCCGGCUCAUCCCCUCGUACAUCCCCGACUCUGCGCUGCAGGCGCGCUCGCCGGAGAAGUGGGCGCCGCGCAUUGAGAAGUGCCACGCGCGCGCGGAGUACACGCGCAACUGCUGGCCCGUGCAGCGGGUGAAGGAGGACGUGGUGACGUUUGCCAAGAACGAGUGGCCACUGCUCUUCUCGCGCUUCUACGAGGCGUACAAGUUCAGCGGGCCCAGCCUGCCCAAGAACGACGUGAUCAUCGCCGUCAACUGGACGGGCGUGUACAUUGUGGACGACCAGGAGCGCGUGCUGCUCGAGUGCUCGUACCCGGAGAUCACCAACGUGAGCAGCAGCCGCAGCGGCAAGUCGCAGGGCCAGAGCUUCACCAUCACCACGGUCAAGGGCGACGAGUACACGUUCACGAGCACCAACGGCGACGACAUUCGCGACCUCGUGCUGACCUUCCUGGAGGGGCUGCGGCACAAGUCCAAGUUCUGCGUGGCCAUGACCGACUACUCCAGCCCCGGGGACGGGUCGUCGUUCCUCAGCCUGACCAAGGGCGACCUGAUUGUGCUGGACCAGGACGACGGCAGCAGCGUGCUGCACUCUGGCUGGUGCUUUGGCCGCAACGACCGCACGGGCGAGGAGGGCGACUUCCCCGCCAACUGCGUGUACGUGUUGCCUGCGCUGACCAAGCCCUCCAAGGACAUUCUGCACCUGUUCCAGGACCAGAGCGACGAGGCAGCGGACGCCCUGGUGGCCACGGGCGAGGACGAGCUUGACGAGGAGGAGGUGGGCGCCUACACGCUGGACGCCUUUGCCGCGCAGCACUUCCGCGCGCCGCCGAAGAAGUCGCUGACGCGGACGCUCGGGCGGCGGUCGUUCAAGCGCGGGUCGUCGCGGGCGACGCCGUGGUCGCACUCGCGGGACGUGAUCAAGCAGCCGCUGCUGCUGAAGAUCUGCGAGGUGGAGGACCUGAGCAUCAAGGCGGUGCAGAUUUACCAGAACAUCAUGAAGUACAUGGGGGACUACCCCUCGAAGAAGGCGCGCUGCUCCACGGAGCUGACGGACCUCAUCUUCGAGUUCCCGCUGGCGCACGAGCCGCUGCGGGACGAGGUGUACUGCCAGCUCAUCAAGCAGCUCACGGACAACAAGACGCGCAUCUCGGAGGAGCGCGGGUGGGAGCUGUUCUGGCUGUGCACGGGGUGCUUCCCUUGCAGCACGACGCUGCUGAAGGAGGUGAACGCGUUCCUGCGCAGCAAGGCGCCGCGGCAGCCCGUGGCGACAGACUGCCAGAACCGGCUGACGAAGAUCAUCCGUGCCGGGCAGCGCAAGUACCCACCGCACCUGGUGGAGGUGGAGGCGAUCCAGAACAAGAAGCUGAGCAUCUACCACAAGGUGUACUUCCCCGACGACAGCGACCAGGCGUUUGAGGUGGACUCGAGCACGCGCGCCAAGGACUUUUGCCAGGCGAUUGGCAAGCGGCUGCAGCUGGCGAGCGUGGAGGGCUUCAGCCUGUUUGUGAAGAUUGCGGACAAGGUGAUUAGCGUGCCGGAGGGCGACUUCUUUUUUGACUUUGUGCGGCACCUGACGGAGUGGCUGAAGAAGACGAAGCAGCACGCCUCUGGCCAGAACCCGAACCUGGUGUACCAGGUGUUCUUCAUGCGCAAGCUGUGGUCCAACACGGUGGUGGGCAAGGACCCCAACGCGGACUGCAUCUUCCACUACCACCAGGAGCUGCCCAAGCUUCUGCGCGGGUACCACAAGUGCACCAAGGAGGAGGCUGUGCAGCUGGCGGCCCUGCAGUACCGGGUGCGCUUUGGCGACGACAAGAAGGAGUUUGGGUCGCUGCCGCACAUGCUCAAGGAGCUGGUCCCUUACGACAUGAUUGACAUUAUGAGCCCGGACGAGUGGAAGCGCGCGAUUGUGCUUGCCUUCAACAAGCACUCUGGCAAGUCGCCGCAGGACGCCAAGAUUUCGUUCCUGAAGAUCAUUGCGCGCUGGCCCACGUUUGGGUCUGCCUUCUUUGAGGUUCGGCAGACGACAGAGACGCACCUGCCGCAGCAGCUGCUCAUUGCCAUCAACAAGAACGGCGUCAACCUGAUCAACCCGGAGAACAAGGAGGUGCUGCAGACGCACCCGUUUACGAAGAUCUCCAACUGGAGCUCUGGCGGCACGUACUUCCACAUGGCGAUUGGCAGCAUGGUGAAGGGCUCGAAGCUGCUGUGCGAGACGACGCUCGGGUACAAGAUGGAUGACCUGCUCACCUCGUACAUCUCCCUCAUGCUCUCCAACAUGAAGAAGAAGAAGAAGCGCAACAACAGCCACCUUGCUGCCGGCCAGGGCGGCCGCUCUUGA